AUGAUAACAGACACGCUUGCAAGUAGCUUCGAGAAUAAUGCCCGCAGUGACCCACACACAAACGAAGGGGCCAAACAAGUGAGAAGUGCUCGCGUUGAACGCGAACUGGAUGGACUUUGGUUUCCUGGCACAGUGACAGACGCUGAACCCAAUAGUGAUUGCUACGAAAUUGAAUAUGACGAAGGAUUAAAUCGCGAGAGUGAGGUGUCAGCUAGCGAAUUGCGACUGUUUGACCCAAGUCGAAUAGGGGAACCGCUGAUGGAAGUGUUGGCAGUGACAGCACAACAGCGAGUAAUUUUACAAAAGGAUUCGUUGCUGAUGCAGACACCCGACUAUGACUCUAAAAAGGCACCGACAAUUGUUUUGCAUCAUCAAGGCGAGACUAAUGCAGCAACGGGGUAUAUUAUUAAUGGGCUUGAGAACAAUGUCGCAACUGGAAAUGGGUUACGCGGCAUCCGCUGGCUGCGAGGCAACUCUUUUUGA